AUGACUGAAGCACUGAAAGAAGAGACUGACGGCUAUAUGAUAGAUACACAACUCCCUGAUGAUGUGCGUGAAGCUAUCCGCAAGGCACAGUAUGCCGCGAAGCCCCUCAGCGCCGUUGAUCUCACCGGCCUCCCUCACAGUGAUGAUACGGUCACUUUCAACCUCACACAAGCACACGAGCACGAGGAAAUGGAUGAAGAAGACGAGAUUCUUCCUGUAAUUGAAGUCGCCGGCGGCAGCGAAGUCGAGAUGCCCUCAUCGCCGCCCUGUGCACCUGACUCUGAGUCAUCACUACCUACACUUCCCUCAACUCCUUGUCCCUAUCAACACCACACGCAGCUUCAUGAGUCACUUCGUGAUAUCAUCAGGGGAAUAAGAACGGCACAAGAAGAUAGCCUUAUUGGCUAA